AUGGAAACUAAAGAGAAAUCACCAAUGUUGGACGAUUUGCGGGACGAUUGUCCAGCAUUCUCAAGGUUGGACUGCUUGGGCAACCUGACAGGAGAGGGCGAGGGGCCAGCGGUGGGGCUGAAGGAACAUGCGCUCCAACAGCGUGCUGAAUCCUCCUUCGAUAGGGAUAGACGACUUGCGGGGAUAUUUUCGUUAGAUGGCGUGAGAGGACGCAACCGCCUUGUCAAGGAAGAUGAUAAUGGAAAUGUAGAAUACAAGUGGCGCCUAACGGGCGUCAGCGCGGGCCGCUUAGAGCACCUGAUAACUCAGAUGAGAUUUCGGGUGGGAGAGGGAAACGGUCAAUGCCUGUACGAAUUGGGUGUUGCUGAUGACGGCACACCACGAGGGCUUUCCGCCGCCGAUUACCAGGAGUCUGUAGAAACACUUCUGCGCAUGGCGAAGGCGCUCGGGCUUGACACAACCGUUUUACAAGAGUUUGCAGUUCAAGAGACUCCCGUACCGCUGUGGUGCGGUGAGAUUCUUGUUACGCAGCGGCAAGCGAAGCAGCAGGAUUGCAGGGUGGCCUUCUGUGGCACCACAGGGAGUGGGAAGUCCACCUUGAUGGGCGUUCUCCUCACAGGACUCCGCGAUGACGGAGUUGGCAGUGCGCGUCAGCUCAUAUUUAAUCACAAACACGAAAUCACCACGGGGAAGACGUCGUCCAUUGUGACGCGUGUGCUUCCUGUUACCGAAUCAAGAGUAGAAGAAAUGCCGUUUGCGUAUCGGCCUGAAAGUAGUGAGCGGCCAUGUCGCUCUAUUACGAUGAUCGACCUCGGUGGGGAUGUGACUAAACAGAUGCUCUUUGGAUUGAUGAGCCGGCGGCCGGACUUCACGGGGAUAACAAUUGCUGUUGAUCAGUCUGUUAACGAGAUAGCGAGGUACGCCCAGGUUUGCUGUGCAAUGAAAUUUCCGUUCUUUGUCGUUGUGACGAAGAUAGACACAGUGGUUGAGUUUGAAGUUGAUGCGUUUUUGCUGGAGCUGGCCGCGAAACUGUCGACUAUUGGAUGCAGUUCACUUGUGCUAGCAACUUCAAGUGAUGUGGUGGCAUUUCAAAAGACGUGGAGGAAGAAUAAGCAGGUUCCUCUGCUCUCUUUGUCUUCCGUGAGUAACGAUGGCAUCGAAGUGUUUCAGCAGUUUCUUUCCUCCCUACCGCAUGUAGAGAUACCUCCAACUCCGAACUCUAUGUUUGAGGUUCUUCUUGAUGGUUGUUUUCUCGUUCGGGGAGUUGGCCCAGUUGUGAAAGGACAUGUGUCGAAGGGAUCUGUUGAGUUGGGGUGCCGCUGUAACAUUGGACCGGAUGCAGAGGGAAAGUUUCACGCCGUUACCGUAAGAGGAAUUCAUGUGGAUGGAUCCCACGUCACACGUGCGCAGCAGAGUGACGAGGGAACAUUCGCUCUUUCCGAACUUCCUAACGGCAUUGAUAUGUCACAGAAGGGUAAGAUGCUGAUUCCCAACUCGGUGGAAGUCUGUUGGGAGUUUGAGGCGCUCAUAAAGGUACUCGCACAAUCCAUAACGCCGCAGCUGGAGCCGAUUCUUUAUUCGGGUAACCUUCGACAGGCCGUAAAAAUAGUACCUUCUGGUGUGGAGACCCAGCAACUUAUUGAUGAAAAGGUAUUAGUUCGCUUUCGGUUUUUAUACCACCCAGAGGUGAUGCGCGAGGGUGCCAGUAUUAUUCUCCAGUGGCAACCGAGCGGGAUCGCUGUCGGUGAGGUGCAAUCGGUAUUUGCAAAUGUGUAG